AUGUUACUCUCUCGAUCCAGUUUGCUAGUGCUCUCCGCCGGGAACGCACUCGUUGCCGGCGCCGGCGCCGUCACCACCACCGCUACCACCACCGUAGGCACUUCAUGCUUCUUCCGAAAUGGUAGCAUCGCGAUCGGGCAUCGACCUUGCCCGGGCCAGAGCAACAUCUGUUGCAACACCACCGACACAUGCACGACCAAUGGUCUUUGCAAAUCGCACGAAAAUCACUGGCCGGAUACUCGAUUGACGCCCUGGGUCAACGACCCUGUGACGGGCGCGCCCUCCUAUGCCAAUUUCACCUUCCUCUAUCAGACAUCGACUUGCACAAAUGCCGACUACUCCGGCUGCUCAACGCAAUGUACCAACCCAUCGACCUGGAAUCAAACCUAUGUCUGGGGCUGCAAUGACGAAGUGACGUUAUUCUGCUGCAGGGUCAUGCCGUCGCUCUUGAGUCAACAUCGGAGCUGCUGCGGCAACACGGUCGUGGAGUUCCAGCUCCCACAACCAAGCGUUGUCUCAUGGAGUAGUACGGCCGCGUCUACCGCCUCAUCGUCAUCUACAUCAUCAUCAUCAUCAACGACCGUGACAUCUCCGUCUACUUCUCCUUCCUCUACCUUACCCGCAAGCUCCGCAGCUGAUGGUAGCAAACCUCAGAGCACGACAAUUGGCAUUGGUGUUGGCGUCGCUGUCGGAGUCUUCUGCUGCCUCGUCCUCCUCGCCGUGCUGUUCUGGCGCGUCGAAGCCCUCCGGAACCUCGUCCGACGCGGCGACAAUUCCUCUCCUUUAUCACAACAACAACAACAACAGCAACGGCAAGGACAACGCGGAUACGAGCCCGUCCCGGUUUCCCACUUUUACAGCACGGAGAAAUCCCUCGCGACUGCAUACGCCUCUCCUGCUGGUUCGCUUUCUUCGGGUACACCGCCGCCGCCGCUGUUCCCGCCUUCCCGGCAUUCGCCGCUUGCCGAAGCGGACGCUUCACAUGAACUUUUCGAAAUGCCGGGGAGGCGGGACCGGGGAGAGAUGCCCUAA